CCCGCCGUUAGAGCUUCACUGAGCUCGGGGUCAUGCUGCAAUCUUAGCGGAGUCUGACUGAUGAGUGCGGAGCUGUGGUGUCGGCUGCUUCGUUCUUGAGCCCAGCCUCCGUCGGCCGUGUGUUGAGUCGCUUUCCCGGAGUAUUUUGUGCGGGGUUGAAGCCGUUCGUCCAGGAUGUCUGUGGCCGGGCUGAAGAAGCAGUUCCACAAAGCCAGUCAGCUCCUCAGUGAAAAGAUCAGCGGGGCGGAGGGGACGAAGCUGGAGGAAGACUUCUUAGAGAUGGAGCGGAAAAUCGAGGUGACCAGCAAGUCGGUGCUUGACCUCCUGUCCAAAACAACAGAGUACCUCCAGCCUAACCCAGCGUCUCGAGCCAAACUGAACAUGCUGAACACGAUGUCCAAGAUCCGAGGGCAGGUGAAGACCACCGGCUACCCCCAGACCGAAGGCCUGCUGGGCGACUGCAUGCUGCGCUACGGCCAGGAGCUGGGAGAGGACUCUUUGUUUGGAUGCGCUCUGGUGGAUGUGGGUGAGGCCAUGAGGCAGAUGGCAGACGUGAAGGACUCUCUGGACAUAAACGUCAAACAAAACUUCAUUGACCCCCUGCAGAAUCUACAGGACAAGGACCUCAAAGAGAUCACGCAUCACCUGAAGAAGCUGGAGGGCCGCAGAUUAGACUUUGACUACAAGAAGAAGCGUCAGGGGAAGAUCCCGGACGAGGAGAUCCGGCAGGCGGUGGAGAAGUUCGACGAAAGCAAAGAGCUGGCUGAGAGGAGCAUGUUCAACUUCCUGGAGAACGACGUGGAGCAGGUGAACCAGCUGUCAGCACUGAUCAAGGCGGCGUUGGAGUACCACCAGCAGUCGUGUGAGAUCCUGCAGGAGCUCAGUGGGAAACUGCAGAAGAGGAUAUCCUCGGCCAGCAGCCGGCCCAAGAGAGACUUCAAGCCAAAGUCGAUCAGGAGCAGCAUCGAGGCGCUCGACAGCAACCAGCACAACGGCCUGUCCUACAGCUCCUCGCUCAAGUCCACGGAUACGCAGAUCAGCCACACACUGAACGGGAAAACUGAUCACAUAUCAUCUGUGCAGCUGUCAUGGCCCGACACCCCCGCUACCAACGGCAACGCUCACCAGCCGGAGGUUUUGGAUCAGCCCUGCUGUCGCUCCCUCUACGACUUUGAGCCGGAGAACGAGGGCGAGCUGGGCUUCAAAGAAGGCGACAUCAUCAUCCUCACCAACCAGAUCGACGAGAACUGGUACGAGGGCAUGAUCAACGGCGAGUCCGGCUUCUUCCCCAUCAACUACGUGGAGGUCAUCGUCCCCCUGCCUCAGUGAAGAGCGCCACCGCCGGGCCUCCGCAGACUCUCCUCGGCCCGACUCGGGCGUGAGCGUGCGGCGGAUUCUGUUUCGGACCACAGACGCGGCUGUUUCGUCCCGGCCGACUUCAGAUUAAACGUCUCCUUUACUUUUGUCGUCUGUUGAUAUUUAAGAACCUGAACGGAAACCCGAGCCUUUAACGGGGUCUCAACCUGUCACUCCGCCCACCGUCCAGCACUGCCGCCUCUGCCGGGUAUCCCGACGCCGCCGUCCGACCACUACGAACAUUUCCUCACUUUAUGGUCACGCUAGUUCUGCUAAAAGUCACCUUUCAAUGUUUCCUGGUUGUGUCAAAAAUGAUGUGUUGCAAAUCAGAAUCAGACAGGAAGUGAGCCGCUCCACAUUCCCACAAUCCAAGGAUGGAGGUGCUUUUAUUUUGAAAUGGAGCUCGGCCAGGUUCUGGUUUUAAUGUGAGAGACGUGAGCGGGUGGAGUUUGGUCUGUGUGACUUUGUUUGAGGCCCAAAUCUCAUCCACUUCAUCCUGACUUCACUUUGUUUCUUUGCUUUUGUAGUUUCGGCGUCGUUUCUGUCCUUGGUUACAGCUUUACGCUGAGACUGGGACGUGGACAGCAGGAGACGUUUUAAUGGUUUCAGAAACACGAGCAGUCAGGCGAUCAGUCGUGUUUCCCUUUUGGAGCCACGGCACAUAGAAAAAUCACACGGCACCAAAACCAUAGUGACCAUUUAUCCCCGCUGUCCCCACUGCACCGCCUGCUCGCCUCACUCUGCGUUCUGUGAUGGGGUUUGGUGGCGGUCACGUGCCGGUCACGUGCCACGCUCUCAGAUCUCAGCGGUUAGCACAGGCGUGACCCUAACGGACAGAAACGGUGACCCAAGCUCCAAAAACCCAAACUUCACCUUCUGUAAGUCAGAGUAUUUCAAAUGUGAAGCUGAAUGUUUGGCCUGUGUUGGUUUUCUCCACUGGAUUUGAUCUUUCUGUUAUUCUGCUGCCCUCUCGGCUCCGACGGCCGGUCUGUGUUUAAACCCGUCUUCACGCGUGCACGCCGUC